GAUUGUUUCAGUCUGGAACUUCUUGCACCCAUGACCUGGAUCUUCCAUCCUACUUGAGCAAGCCACGAUGCCAGCUACACGCAAGGUUGUCCCUCGCAAGCGCGCUCAGUCAUCCAAUGAAGAUUCAGAGCCCGAAUCUCUUCACAGCGACGCGCUCGAUGACCUGCCGCCCAAGAAACGCACGCGCUCUUCCAAUCCUAAGUCCAGCUCACCUUCAAAACCCAAGCCCAAGCGUAGGACACGCAAAGCCAAGGAAGAUGAUGUCAAGGAUGAAGAGGAUGUAGAUGGUAGCGACGUAGACCUGAAGGAGGGGCAGCAAGUCGUGGGUCGCGUUGUGCAAGCUCCAAAGACAGGCUGGGUGCCUCCUGGUCAGAUUUCACAGAACACGCUUGAUUUUCUAGCGCAACUCAAGGACCCUGCAUGUAACGACCGCGAAUGGUUCCCGGUUUACCGUCGCGUAGAAAAGGAAUUCAAGGACUUCAUCGAGGCGUUCACUAAUAUGCUCACAGAUGUCGACUUCCAGAUCCCCCCAUUGCCUCCCAAAGAUGUCAUCCACCGCAUAUAUAGAGAUGUCCGCUUCAGCAACGAUAAAACACCGUACAAGAAGGGACUAUCUGCGAGUUUUUCGAGGAGUGGCAGGAAGGGGAUUUUUGCGUUUUUAAAGCCGGGUGACGAGAGCGUCAUCGCUGCAGGUGCAUGGUGUCCUGCUAAGAACGAACUUGCGACUCUCAGAAACCACCUACUUCGCUCCACACCCGCCGCUAAGACUCUGCACACGAUCCUUUCUUCUGAAGCAUUUACUACCCAUUUCGGCCCUCCCCGCCCACACCCGCAUGGAGAUCGUCAGAGUGUGUUUGGGCAUGAAGAUGAAUUGAAGGUGGCACCAAAGGGCGUGGAUAAGAAUCACAAAGAUAUCGCCCUCCUCAAAUGUCGCUCCCUCGCAGUUUCCUGUCGGUUCACAGAUGCCCAAGUCGUUGCACCUGGAUCCGAGUUUAUGAAUACACUGCGUGGUGUUGCAGGUGUAAUGACACCAUUUGUCCAUUGGUGAGUGCUGUUGCUGGCUUUCUCGGACCGAUUCCGAACCAGAGGCGCCAUUCGCACUGAGUGCUUCAUUUUGAGUAUAGCGUUUGGGGGACAUGGACUAACAUCACCUCCUGUAGUUUGAAUGAUCUGAUGACGCUU